GCAAAACAUCAUCUCCAUAUACAUCUCGAGCUUCUUCUAGUUACGCGUUUUACCAGGACCCGGAGAGAUAAUCAGCUCUAGCAUCCCAUGUACAGUACAGUACAUCGCUGCCUCAGUUCGGACUUGUUGACAGCCACCUAUUUAGUUCGCUCAAGCAAUCUGUAAUUACAUCCGUACAGGCCCCGCCAAUAAUGAGUCAGUCACAGUUCUCCGUCAUAAAUACAGGAACCUUCUGCCUCUGUUGAAAACGCAGAAGCCGAGUUACUCUAACGUCGCUGUCAGGACCCAAACCACCCUCUUGAAGCCCAUUUGACGGGCCAUAGUAGUUACAUCCGCACCAGCCAACUUGCUCGACCAUGGAGAACCUUCCUAUUGAAAUUAUCUGGCUUAUAGGCUCCCAUAUUCUGCGUUACCGGGACCGUGCUGCGUUGUGCUGCGUAUCCCGCUCUCUACGCCGAAAAACCACCCCCCUGCUUUACCAGCACACUAUCAUUGAGUUGGAUAACACAUUGCGACCACGAUCGAAACCAGAAUACUCGCCGGUCUGGCUCACGCAACUUCGUGGCCUGUAUAGAGACAGGAAGACUCUCUGUCCGGCUAUCAAGAAAUUGUCCAUCUUAUUUCCAAACGAGUCUGAUUCCUUCGAACGGGGCGAGUCGCUGGCGAUGGAGCUUUUGUUGGGUUGCGUUCGCGAAAUGCAUUCUCUGGACGAGGUUAUCUGGGCCUCAAAUCCUGUUCCCCCGGACGACCUAAUGGAAGCAUUUGCAACCAAAGGAAUAACUGCCUUUACUUACGAUGGCGAUCCACGUGUUACAAACCGUGCUUAUCCUCUUGAUAUACUGAAAAUCGAGCUUUUGUCUCAAUGCCCUCUCCGGUCACUUUCCAUCAAGGCCAGUACGGAAGCCGAAAUUCUAGGCUUGAGAAACGCUAUUUACACCCACCGUCAGACUCUGAAGUCGUUGACGCUCCGCUUCGGCAAUUGGGCAAUGUUGUGGGGUUACUUGACUUACCAUUGUGGCUAUCCACACUGUGCGCCAAAAUGCGUAUAUGACGGUGAAGGUGACCCGACUUCGGUGCUGUUUGAGCCGUUUGUGCACACAUCCGAUAAGCUUUGCUUACAGUCGCUUGAUCUACUUGGCCAUGUGUAUUACGAUUAUGGAUUUUCAGAUUCUAUUGAGGAAACAUUCUUGAAAGCAGUCGACGUUGCGUGUCUGAAACAUCUUCGCAUCUCCAGAUACCACACCCGCAGGGUUGAUCAGGGGACGUCGUUCGUGUGGAAGGAUUAUCGAUCACUCGAAUCGCUCGCACUUGAGGGUAAAUCGCUUGCUAACCGUGAAAGUUCCUGGAAUUCCUGGGACGAGAUAGCUGCUCGAUUGACAUACCUAAGCAUCGACCAGUUCAUUGCCCAUCUAGGGCGCGAUUUUCGUUCUCUUCGAAUGCUCGCCAUGACAACGCCCAUUUCGCCAUCCCAUCUACCCAUUCGUAAACUCAGAGUUCUCUGUCCGCUUCUUGAGGAACUGGCUUAUGUCCAGCCCCCCGGGUUAUUUACACGGGACCUCCCCGAUCUAGAAGACCUAGUACACUUACGCAGACUCUACGUAAUGGUAGACCCCAAGGCCUCCUACAUUUUGGAUUAUUGUGCUCGUUUUAUGGAAUACUGCUCCGAGACCCAAUCUCCUCUUCUUGAUCGCCUCGAUCGAGUUGCAGGUGGCGCCACCGUAUGCGACAUUAUCCCAGUCCGUCAACUCGAGUGGAGCCUACGCUUGUCGCUAAAUGUCGUCGAAGCAGACGCAACGCCCGAAAGCGAACAAACUGUGCCGAGCCCCUAUAUCCCACUGUUGCCUAGGGAUGAAUAUACUGCGAAAUUACCUAGCCAAACUACUAUUUCUUGUCGGGGAAAGGUGCUUCGUCAAGUUGAUUGGUGGCAGCUGAAUCACGAUCCAGUGGUUGAUACGGUGAUGUACUUCUACAACCCAAAAUAAUGAUUUGAUGGGUUGGUGGAGUGUUCCAGAUGUGACCACCCAGCCGCAACGCCUUCCCAACAUCAAGAUAUAAGCAUAGAACUAGGCUCUAUCAAAAACACAUUAUUCAUCUUAACUUUAUGCAAACUUGUCCACCAGCCGUUUUUCGUUUGGCAAUACUAGGACUAGCAUGAUAUGAAGCAUGUAUAUAUAUACGUAUAUCUUACCCCCCAUGGGAAUCAGAUCUGAUAUACUAACACGCACUAUGCUCCUUGACCCUUAUACUUGCGCAGCUGGCAGAUGGCUACAUCGAUAUCAACUCCUACGUCAGGCGCGAUUCCUUCAUAUUGAUUUCUCGCGCUUGUGCGAAACAGCCAUCAAGUGAUGCGAUGGUGCAUCCAGAAUAUGAAGUAUGGAAAACAGAAAUGGGAUAUCAUCGAGUCGAGUGUCAUCAGUGUUGGCUGUCUGAAUUUUGAACAAGGAGAAAAUAUUAAGAUCACUCGCCUUCCACUCGGGCCACGGUCAUCGUCUAGUUUGGCAGCAGGUUAACUAUCGCAGGCUCAUUUAUUUAUCCUUACUAUGGGCGCUGAGAAACGUGUCAUUGCAAGAAUCUAAUCUCCAGUUGCUGGACCACCGAAGUUAAAAAUCAACUCAGAAGUUGCUGCCAUGUAUUAUUUUAUAUUUUACUAACUUCCCCUAUUUCUUGAGGAUUUGCUUGCCCGUUUUGCACAACUAAGCCAAAGCCCUCUGAGAUAGUACAAUUAAAACCCUCGCUGCCAAUCUCAAAUAUUCUGGCUUGGAGCGAAGACCUACCCAAUCCGGCUAGGAUUGAGUAUAUCAUCCACCACGAGGCUGAUGGUGUUCAAAAACAUGAGAGUUGGUAUUUCAUGGAUUCGCUCCAGGAUAUGAGUUGUUCUAAGGCUUUGGGAGUGAAAAUUGAGAAAAUGCCGUCUUUGAUAUAACAAUCUGAUGCAAGGUGAACUCUCAUUGUUUCGCCAGAUGCCUAUUUCACCAAACACUUUACGCUAUUUGGCGGUAAAAAAAAACUGGCGAGGAACUGCCAAUUAUUUUUGCCGACAUGAUCCAUUCUCAUCCUGGAUCCCUAUGCUCUCUGGGGUGGCGCGAGGGGGGUUGCAGAAUAGUUGUACCUUCCGACUCCGGCGCAUAUAUGGGCUACAACUUCCCUCGGAUGCAAUAUCAUCAUGGCCAACGAUAUAUUAUCGCCUACGAGAGUCACUAUUGAUGUCCACCUUAGGUGAAUAAAUGUCUAAAACAGUUGGCGAAUUUUUCGAUCCCUCAAAACCGGAUGUCAUGCUGCACGAAAUUGCGAACACUUCUACCCUUCCAACAAGCCGCAAUUCUCCCAGCAAAGAGAUCAAAAGAUGACGAAAAAUAACGAGCAACAUUUUGAGCAACAUUUUGAUGCCGGCAGUUAAAAUCGGAAACUGGUGAAGUGACCAGAACUUGGACUAUCGCUCAAUAAGCGGACGCCUUCUAUACCCGCGUCGUCUGUCAAUGGCAGUUGCUGUCAUCUCGGAUCGAGACCUGCGUUUCAAUGCAAUUAUAUUGGAUGAAGACCGCCUACCACCCACAGCCAAACGGGCAGAGUGAACGCAUGAAUAUGCAAAUAGAUUCGUUGGCUAGGAGCUGGGGCGUAUGUCACUGAGAAAAAUCGUCCGAAUCACGCCUGAAGUCCUCACAAUGAGCUGAUUCGAGACUCUAGUGAUAAUGACUAUGAAGCGGCAAUCCGGGCUGUGAACAACCUGGAAGGAGACGCGAAGGAAAAUU